AUGCGAAAAGAGGUUCCACCGCAUCUGUGGACUGCCGUGGAGGUGUUUCUUUCCUCCGGGCACGCAGAGGCCGGUGUGUUGCUGCGGGAUGAACUCCGCCGGGCGGCAUUAACAUCAAACAUCACAUCACAGGAGAUUCCACCACGUAUGUUCUCAGAGGCGUUGUUUAGAUAUUAUGAAGGAACCAUAUCCGUCUCUUCAUUACUGUUGAUAUCUAUUCUUAAUCGUAUGUUUUGUCUCUUGUAUAUUCCAGAGGCGUUAGCACGUCCAAUUAACGACAGGAGACCAUCUGAUGAUUUUAGUGAAUUGUUACGUUUUUAUUUACAAUGUCUACGCACACCGCACCUUCCAGGAACAGUUUUAACACAAUUGUAUUUUUGUAUCGCAUCACUAUUACUUCUUCAACCAAAUGGGAAUGUGAUUGAAGGAUUGUUGAGUGUUUUUGGAGGAACUGUACCUACUGAGAUAACAGAUAUUCGUGUUUUUAUGAGAUUAUUUUCUACUCUCAUGAGUGUAUUAAGUGACCGUCGCGUAUUGAUGGGACCCAUACGCCGUUCAACUCAACGAUUAUGUGUACAAAAUAGUAUGCAUCUUAUUCUUACUUCUAUGCCUAUAGAAGAUUUAACUGCACAGGCAACUAUGAUCAGUCAAGGAGUAUCAUUCUUAACAGAAUGUACAGUAAAUGAUGCCCAAGAUAUGGCACCAUUAUUUUGGUCUCAACUUCCUUCUUCACUCUUUUGGAAAUACGCCGUUCAUCAAUUGCAGAAUGGUACAGCAAGUGAGGCUAUACUAGAGUCUAUCACAACUAUAUUGCGAUCACUUACAAUGCUGGAUACAACCGCAGUAACCCUUAUACAAUCUGUAUUAACAGCUAUUCAUAGUGAUGGAACUCGUGCACCAUUAUCUCACAUCUGUUCUGUUAUUACAUCUAUAUUAGAGUCUUCUGUAGAAGCUGUGGUGGUGCAAUUUGGACCUGAACACACCUUAUAUCAAGCUUUAGCGUUAUCUGCACAGAUGCUACGGAGUGUAUUAACAGAUCCAGCAAGUGUAGAAGGAAUGAUGAAUACAAUAUCAUCGCAGUCAUUGGAAACACUGCUGGUUGUGUGUGAGGGACUUAGUGUACUGGCACAAGUUCUCACUCCUGUUUCUAUUCCUGUAAUGGAUGAAACAGACGAUCCAGAAGAUUACGCCAUGGUAGUGGAUGAUAUUCAUAAAACUAAUACGUGUAAAUUAGAGGCAUUACGGCAAUUACGGGAAUUUAUGGAAAGUUGUCAAAUAGCAUUGCUUACAUGGUUAGGACGUUUAUCCGCUUCGGAUACUGCAGAUAUUGCCAUGUAUUUAUCUGCGAAUGAUGGAGAUGAAUUUGCGGUUCGACAUGAUGAACUUCCAAUUGCUCUCUUUACAACGUACGAGCGAUUGUGUCGAUUGUUACUACCCGCACGGCAUUCAAGAGUGGAGGCUAUAGCAGCAGAAGGUUAUAUCAUUGCAGCUGUGUGGGAUGCAGAUCUUUCUUAUCAGGCAAUAGUAGCUCAACAGACUCUAUUACAUUGUAAAGAAGAAAAAGAACAACAACAAGAAGAAGUAUUAAGACGAUUGGUACAAAAUGCCCCACUUUUCCCUCUGGUUUCACGUCGCUAUAAAGAUCAUUGGAGUACGGAACAGAUUUCUAAUAUAGUUUUUUCUUUAAUAGAAUUAUUACGGGAAGCUGUAAUGUCGUUAAAUAAUAUUCUUGUGGCUGCAGAUAUUAGUAAGGCACUACGUCAAUUGGGUAUUCCUCCUCUACAGAAUGUGAUGGAGAGUCUUUGGAAUGGUGUAUUAUUAUCAUGCGGAGAAGACAAAACACCGCGAUGGGAACUGGCAUCCCAUUUAUCUUUCCUAAUGCAAGAAAGCCAUAUGGAACUCACAUGUGGAUGUUUUGAUGUUGAAGGACUAGAUGAUCAUACACGUGUAGAGCUUAAUUCUUGUAUAGUGAGAUCACUGCAGGAUGUAUGGGGGGUUAUGCAAGUAUUACAAGGUGUAGAGAGUGAUGCUGUUCAGUCUCAUCGUGCGGCUGAACGAAUCGCCGCAUGGGUUCAAACUUCAAUGAAUAUAAAUACACCAGAAUGGAAAAUAUAUGAACAAAUGGUAAGAGAAUGGUCUGGGAUGAAUCCUCUACACUUUCGUGUUGUGUGGAGAUUAGUACGUCCAUUAGAUCUAUUAGUGGCAUCAGAAAUUCUCGCAACUGCGUUAGAAGCGUUUGUAACACAAAUAGAAAAAAAUGGAGAUUUUGAAUGGAAAAGUGAAAAAGAUUGCUUUUCACAUUAUGUGUUGAAUACACUUGCACAGAGUCCAAACGCUUCACGACUUCAACGUGUUCUUAUCUCUUUAUUGCGGUCUUUCACUUGUGCAGAAGAAAAGAGUAGAGGAUUCCGUCUCUCUGCGGUGGUACGUGCGGGUCUUGCACUUCUUCAGGGACGUUGUUGUUGUCCUUCACUUAUUCUUGAGGUGUUUUGCGAGGCCGUAAAGGAGUACGCUAGUCUUCACCAAACCGUCUCUUCCCUCACAUUAGGGAAUGAGAGAGAGAAUAAGGAUGAUAAUAAAGAGGAAGGUGAAGAAGAAGAAGGAGAAGGAAAGCCAAUGUGGUUAUUGUUGUUAUCUGAACUUGCAAUGUUGGGCGAGGUGGCUCGAAUGGUGGUAGAGUUGCCACAGGAAGCACCACCGUGGCUUUAUGCCGUACGAAAUGCUGUGGAUGAAUUUGAAGUUCAACGAAUAUUGAAGGAAGUUUGA